AUGUGGAGUGCAAACUAUUCGAUGGAUUGGGAUCGCCUCAGGGUCGACCCGGUAUUUGAAGGAAGGGAAAGUAUCUACCAUAUUUUUGGAAAUUUCUACUUGAUUUUUGGUGUCUUCAACAGUAUUCUGAAUAUUCUUUUCACAAUUAAAUUGGCGAGCAUUACGGUAUUCCAUGUGAAUUAUCGGAUUCAGGUGGUAAGUGGAAGUUUUGUUAUAAAUAUUUCGGCUCUCCCUUCAAACUGCUAGUCUAAAUUUUAGAAAAUUUAUUAACGGCCUAGAAUAAAAUUAUCCUAUCGCAUCGCGAUUUCCUCUGCACCAAUUUUUAUUCGUUUUUGUACGCAACAAUAGUUGAUGCAUCAAAACGAUGACCGAAAUACAAUACCUGCACAACAACAAUUUUCUAGAAAGGUGAAUCCACUUCCAAGCUCUUGUACUAUAUUUGAAGCUCUCAACUUUUACCAAAGUACCAUGCUCUUAUAAACGAAGUUAUAAGAUUAACCUUUUGAGCUAAUUUCUUCAUAACACGUUUUCAAGAAACUGUUUUUCCUGGAUUUAGCCAGUAAUUUUCUAAUUUACGUAACCAAACCACAACUACUUCCCCUUACAAUAAAACCGUGAUUACUGGUCAUUAAAGCCAAGUAAAAACACGAAAUCAGACAGACAUUAAAUUCUGGGUAUUUUGAAAAAUUUUUUAACCGCAGUUUUCCCAAAAAUUAGGGGACAAAAGAUUAAUAAAAUAGUUUAGUGCAGUACCGUAAUCGCCAUGGAAUUAAUGCAUCUAAGCAUGCCGACGAUGCACUUUUACAACGAUUACUUUAUCGAUCACACCGAUCGUUUCUAUGUGAACAUUGGAUGUGCCAUAAUCGGACUGCUGAAUAAUGUAAUGGCGGCUGCAGUCGCGAUUAGCAUGUUUAUGUUGGCUUUGGAAAGACAACUCGCUUAUCAUUGGGUAAAUGUCUACGAGGAAAAGCCGAAUACCCUGGGAUGUGUGCUGGGAAUGUGUGUGGUGAGCUUUGGCACAAUUUUUUUACAAUUUGUGAGAAAAACAAUACAAUACUAUAUUUUUGACAAUUACACAUACAAAAAAGAGUUUAAUUUACCCUCAGGGUAUCUAAACUUUCAAUCGAUUUAAUUCAACGUUUAACAUGGUCUAAUACAAUUACAAUUUGGUCCUAAUUGGAUCAUAAAAUGAGUAUAAACUACAUAGAAGAGUUCAUGAGCGAAAGAUAGCCCAAAAACAUCAGAAUAGCACCUGCAAGCUUGUUAUUACCCAUAGGGGAUUGUUAGUACGUAUUCUACGAAAACGUGUAAUUACGCAUAAAAUUUGCUCAGCAAACCCAGAAUAAAUUGCAGAGUACGAAGAACAUAAAGAUCAAAAAUUUACACCUUACUUUCAGUGCGUGCAAAGUUUCGCAAUUGGAGCCAUUUUUUGGUACUUUUUCCUCUUUAUAGUGGAUGAUUUCGACUUGAAUACCUCAAAAGUCAGCUGUGUAACAACUGAUUUGCAUUGGGAAUGGGAAUUUGGAGCAUUCACCAUCGGCGCGCUCACUUGUUCUAUAGGAUAUGGAGUAAGUGCUUAUAUUCGGUACUAAUCUUAUAUUCUACACCUUCAAUGUAAUCAAAAAUUUGGUUUAGUGGCUCCGGCUACUCCUAACCAACACAAAGCGAGGUCGAGAGAAGCGGCUUGCAUUGACCAGCCUCAGCGCUCGAUAUCAAGCCACGGAAAACUCUUAUACUACAGCAUCGAUAGCUCCAUCGAUGGGAUGUUAUACGACCGCCUGCCUAAUCGGGAUGGUAAUGGCAGCCAUUCGAGGCUAUUUCGUCUACCUCUAUGGGGAAAACACAAUGAUCUCAAGGGUUUCGGCGGAGGUAUGGACUUAUCAUUAUAUUCACCAUUACCCAUUUUAGAUUGGCUUUUUUGUCGUGGAUCUCUACGCUAUAUCACACAUGUUCUGCAUCGUAUACUUCAAUCCGAUCUUGAAGAACAUACUGUAUCGUGAUUUGAAGGCGUUCCUGAACUAUUCAGAGACUAAGUCGACUUGUAAAAUCGACUAUGCCCACGAGACGGAGACCUAUUUUGAUCAACUAAAAAAUGCCUGGGGAUGA